ACAGCACACCCGCCCCGAGUACUGGAACUAUGCCGCGGGGCCGGCCUCGCAAACUGAGAGUUAAAAGCAGCGACGAAACAGAUGCGGAUGCCAAUGAAAACAAGGCGGAAGGCUUCAGCGAUGGAGAGCUCAAGGACAAGAAAUGUUCCAUAUGUUCCCACGUCUUCACCACGGAGAGCCAGCUGCAGAAACAUCUCCGUGAACAUGAGGUCAAUGAUAAGCCUCAUCGAUGUGACCGCUGCUCACAGACGUUUAAUGUGGAGUUCAACCUCACACUACACAAAUCCACGCACACCACCUCCGACUUCACCUGUCCGGUUUGCAAUAAAAAGUUCUCCCGCAUCGCCAGCCUCAAGUCCCACGUCAUGCUGCACGAAAAAGAGGAAAAUCUAAUCUGCGCCGAGUGCGGAGAUGAGUUCGUCCUCCAGAGCCAGCUCUCCCUGCACUUGGAGGAGCACCGCAAGGAGCUCUCGGGCAUCAGGGUCUACACCUGCAAGACCUGCGACAAGGAGUUCAAGACUUCCGCGCAGAUCAAAGAGCACAUGAAGAGUCACAUCAAGAUGAGGCCGCUCACCUCCAGUUCCAGAAACUACAAGAAAAACAUAGAUCGCAGUGGGUUCACAAACGGCUGCCAUCACUGUGGAAAGGCUUUCAAGAAGCCCAGCCAGCUUGUCAGACACAUACGAAUACACACAGGUGAGAGACCCUUCAAGUGCGUGCAUUGCGGCAAGGCUUUCAACCAGAAGGUGGUGCUGCAGACUCACAUGGUGAAACACACGGGAGAGAAACCUCACCUUUGCAUGUUCUGCCCGGCAUCCUUCUCCCAGAAGGGGAACCUGCACUCCCAUGUUCAGAGGGUGCAUUCGGAGACUAAAGGGGUACCGCUGUUCCCGUGCAUGGACUGCAGCUGUGUAUUCAAAAAGCUGGGCAGCCUGAAUGCCCACAUUAGCAAGAUGCACAUCUCUGUGAUUGAAGUGCCCUCCAGCACUGCGGAGACAGAGACAACGGGUCAGUCGGCAGGCGGGUCAGAAGGCGGCGAAGGGGUAACAGAUGUCAUCCAGCAACUUCUGGAGCUGUCAGAACAGGUCAGCGGGGAGACAGCUGAGCCCCAGCCUGCAGAGCCAGCUAUCGUCAUGGAAACUGCCAUCAACCAGGACAUCCUGCAGCAAGCUCUGGAAAACAGCGGCCUGAGUGUGGUCCAGCCGCAGAGUGACGCCACAUCCAGAGAGUCACAGAACCAGAACCCAGAGGGCACUUCUGUAGAGAGCAAGAAAGUACGAGGUCCAGACAAACCGCCUCGGGAAAAGAAGAGGAGCAUUUUUAAGAAGCCCGUACAGAUGCCAGGUUCCAUCAGGGAGGAAGACGGCGUUCGCUGGCAUGGCUGCCCCUACUGCUCCAAGGAGUUUAAGAAACCCAGCGACCUUGUCCGCCACAUCCGCAUCCACACCCACGAAAAGCCUUUCAAGUGCAAACAGUGCUUCAGAGCGUUUGCAGUCAAGAGUACCCUCACAGCACAUAUGAAAACGCACACGGGUAUCAAGGCCUUUGAGUGCCAGUGCUGUCUGAAGUGCUUCUCCACUUCAGGCAGCAUGAAAGUACACAUGCGUCUGCAUACAGGUGUUCGUCCUUUUGCCUGCCCUCACUGUGACAAGAUCUUCCGUACGUCAGGCCACAGGAAGACACACAUUGCUUCUCACUUCAAAAGCUUGCAGCAGAAGAAGCACAAGUUUCCACGCAAAACCAACAAACCAAAAGUGUCCAAAAGCAACCUACCUCUGCCUGACAUGCCCCUGCAGGAACCCAUCCUCAUCACCGACUUUGGCCUCAUCCCGUCCCAGAACCCUCGACUGACUUUUCAACAGUACCUGGAUGUGGUGGGGAGUGACCGUCCAUACAAGUGCCAGUACUGCAAUAAGGCCUACAAGAAAUCAAGCCAUCUGAAACAACAUGUCAGGUCUCAUACGGGUGAAAGGCCCUACAAGUGUGUGCAGUGCAGUCGGGGUUUCGCCUCCUCGGGAGUCCUCAAAGCUCACAUCCGGACCCACUCGGGCUUAAAGGCGUACAGAUGUGUCAUGUGCGACACGACGUUCACCACCAGCGGCAGCCUACGGCGCCACAUGACCACCCACAGUGACCUGCGACCUUACAUGUGCCCCUACUGCCAAAAGACCUUCAAGUCGUCACCCAACUGUAGGAAGCACAUGAAGACGCACAGGUAUGAACUGGGCCAGCAGCUACAACCACAGUCGGCAGAGGAUCCCUUGGGUGCGGGCGCCGUGGCCCACGACAUGCAGGUGGAAAUAGAGGGAGACGCUCUCCAGCAGACCCCCGCUACCACAGCAGAGCAGCAAAGCAUGCUGGGACUGGGCCAGACAGAGGUGGUGAACGGUAGCCAGCAGGUGACGCUGGAGGCGCCCUUGACUGACCAAGCACUGGUGCAAGGAGAAGACUCGUACGUGACUGGCCAACACGCUUUGCCUCAGAAUAUCAGCCAGUUUGAGACGCCAGCGCUUCCUCAGCCCGCAUUUGAUCAGCAAACUCUAACGCAAGGCUUCACCAUCACUGACUCGAGCUACAAUCAGUCCCAGUUCUCCACCGUCCAGCAGCUGCAGGAUUCCAGCACCCUGGAGUCCCAGGCCCUCUCCUCCAGCUUCCACGCCCCAAAUCUGCUGCACGUUUCCAGUGCAGAGGUGACGAACGGGCUUCUUCAGCAGAGCGGUCAAAAUGAGCUCCAGCUGGCGACAGAGACACAGGACUACCAGGACGACAGUGAAGACAACACCAAGAGAGCCUACAGGUGCAAUUGGUGCAGCAAAGGCUUCAAAAAGUCAAGCCACCUGAAGCAGCACGUGCGGUCCCACACUGGGGAGAAACCGUACAGUUGUCACCUCUGCGGACGAGCCUUCGUGUCAGCUGGAGUUCUGAAGUCCCACCUCAAUACACAUACGGGAGCGAAGCCCUUUAAGUGCAGUGUUUGCGAUGCCUCGUUCACCACCAAUGGCAGCCUGAACCGCCACAUGAUCAUCCACAUCAAGACCUUCAAGUGCUCCAUGUGCGACGAGACCUUCCGGACCAGCCUGCUGUGUAAAAGGCACAUGAAGAAGGAGCACGCUGUGGAGGAUCAAAUCAUAGGUCUGGACAGUCAGGAGGUGGAGGAGGAGGAAGACGACGAAGACGGCGACCAAAAGUCAUCGAAGAGGAGGGGCAUGGAAAUCAUCACCUUCACGGAGGAGCAGGCGGCAGAGCUGGCGAAGGAUCCCGGCGAGGAGGCCUCGGUGUCGGAGCGAAUCCUGGCCCAGUCGGCGGCGGAGAGGGACCGGAUCAGCGAGAUCAAAGACAAAGCCGUGGAGCUGGAAACGGAGCCAAAGUUCGCCAACUGCUGCAACUACUGCCCCAAGAGCUUCAAGAAGCCCAGCGAUCUUGUCAGGCACAUCAGGAUCCACACUGGAGAGAGGCCUUAUAAGUGUGAUGAAUGCGGGAAGAGUUUCACAGUGAAGUCGACCCUGGACUGCCACGUAAAAACACAUACAGGUCAGAAACUGUUCAGCUGUCACAUGUGCAACACCUCCUUCUCUACGAAGGGAAGCCUGAAGGUGCACAUGCGCCUCCACACCGGCUCCAAGCCCUUCAAGUGUCCCUUCUGCGAGCUCCGCUUCAGAACGUCGGGCCACCGCAAAACCCACAUCCAGUGUCACUUCCGCCAGAACAGCGACAGCCGUAAAUCCAAACGGCCUUCCUCGUCUGCCGGUCAGUCCAGGCAAGGUCAGGACACGGGGGCCGGGCAGGUUGUGGCCUCGGGUCAGGGGCAGCAGCCGUCUGCUUCGGAGGCCCUUCAACCCGUGGGGCUGCUACAAACGCCCAGCUCGGACCCCAGCAUUUACCUCCCAGCCAACCAAGUGCUGACAGGGCAAUUUGACCAGAAUCUGCUGCCACCAGGACUGGUGGGUCAGGCCAUCCUGCCCGCAUCUAUGUCAGCUGCAGGAGACCUGACGGUGUCUCUGCCAGAUGGCUUGACCACGCUGGACGGCAUCCACCUGCAGCUAACGCCUGCCAACCUGGUCUGUCCCAACGUCCAGAUCUCUGGCAUCGAUACCAGCAACAUCAACAACAUCACACUACAGAUUGACCAUGCCCUCCUCCAGCAGACCUUACAGCAGGGCAGUCUCCUCUCUCAACCCCUGAGCGUCGACGCCGGCCUGGUCUCCCACUCCGGUGGCCAGCUCAUGUCUGCAGGUGACCCCUCGGUGUCCGCCAACGUCGUCAUCCACCCACUGACCAGCCUGGCUCUGCAGCCGUCCACCAUUACUCCAGCGCAGGCCACAAUGGCAGGGCUCUCCGACCAGGACGCUGCAGGCGAGUGUUCUCAGGACCUAAGCCACGUCAUAGGCAGCUCCGGGCUUGUCGCAGGAGGCAACAGCGGUCAGGAGAUCACCCUGACCAUCAACAACUCCAGCCUGACGCAAGCCCUCGCCCAGGUCCAGGCCCAAGCUUCGGCGGCUGGAUCCAGCACAGCAGGAGGGAACCCCCAGGAGAUCACCCUCACCAUAUCUGGUCAGGAUCUGCUCCCCCAGCAUAACAAUCCUAACGGUGCGGAGAUGAACGGCGGCAUCACCAACGACCACCUCCUGUCUCAGAGCUCCGCCAACACUGGAAUGACAGUCACCAGCCUGCCAUCGAGCACAACUUUGUCACACAGUACUGUAUCGCAGAGCCUCGUGAUGUCCCCGGGCGGCGUGGCCAGCGACGGUAGCGUUACACUGACGCUCACGGAUGCACAGGGAAUGCUGGACGGUGUCACUCUAAACCUCAACACACAGGGUCAGGCAUUCCCUGCAGUACUGAACGACUCCAGCCUAGGAGUGCAGCCAGGUGGUCCGGGCCAGCAGGUGAUACUGGUCAGCCACCAUUCCCAGUCCACGAAUGGAGCUUCUGAUAAUGGAUAUAAUAUUUCCGGUGACGGCCUUAAGGGUGGGAAAGACAACCAGACGGAGGCUGAUAACCGGCACCAGUGUUUCUACUGUAACGAGGUGUGCCAGAACGCCAACGCGCUGCGACGCCACUGCAGGCAAGCUCACGGCAAGGACCGCUGUCAUGUCUGCACUCUCUGUAGGAAGGCCUUCAAGCGAGCUACACAUCUGAAGGAACACGAACGGGUUCACCAACCAGGCCCGUCUCCCAGCUCUCAGAAACCCCGACUCUACAACUGCUCCUCCUGCGUGAAAGCGUUCGCUAAGCGCAGCCAGCUAGAGAGACACAACCGAACGCACACAGGUGAGCGGCCCUUCAAAUGCAGCCAGUGCGACAAGGCCUUCAACCAGAAGAGCGCCCUGCAGGUCCACAUGGUCAAACACACUGGAAAGAAGCCCUUCAAGUGUGAGGUGUGCAGCAUCAGGUUCACCCAGAAGAGCAACAUGAAGCACCACAUGAAGAGGUCCCACGGCUACGGUCAAAUCCAAGACGUGGCUGUGGGCAGAGAAGAGCCGGUAUCGCAGGUCGAGGUGACGCCUGAGCUCGACCUGGAAGUGGUUCCCGAAUCGUCGAGCGACUGGCACAACGUCUUCCCCUGACGGCCGACGGCCCGCGCGACCCCCGCGACCCCCGCGAGCCAGCGAGCGCUGUCCCCGAGCACUGAUUGAGUUUGACAGCUAAGCUUUGCCAAACGUAUCCCCCUCCCAUCGACGGGGGUUACGAGGUUAGAAAGAGAUCGGAGACGUCAUAAAUUCGUACCAGCGUAUGACGAGGGCUUUUACCCCAACAGCAGUCCCCGGCUGUUUAUCCAGAUUAGCAGUGAAGUAAGUGGAGUCUGGUUCCCUGUGAUUGACUUAAUGACUUUUUAUCUGUUUUGCUCCCGCCUGAUUGUCAUCGAUAUGAUAACCUCCAGAGAGGUUUUGGCCCAGCAAACGCAGGCAUCUGCGCUCAGGGGAUGAAAGUCCCUCUCAUGCUGACCCUGUUGGAGAGAGAGGAAACUGUACUGUGCUGGAAACGGUCCCCGGAGACGAGAGCCUUGUCUGCUCAUUACUGGUCUGCUCACAGGGAACCGCCGCCGCCGCCGCCAUCUGUACCGCUGUCGAAGCUUCAAAAGCAACUGUGUAACAGCAACAAGACAGAAAGCUUUUUUUUCCUUUCUGGUUUACAGGAAACUUGUCACCUGUCUUUUUUUUUUUUUUUUACGUGUUUAUACUGUACAUAACUCAUCUGGAAGUGAAAUGCCAUUUUCAGUUUUUAGUUUAAGCGAAGUUACCCGAGAGGGUGUGCUUUAACGUCAUUUGAACACGACACCGAAGUGAGUAAGAUCGCUCGGUCGGAGCUACUUGUUGUAUAAUAGAAAACCGCCGCCUGUGAGGGAUUCAGUGCUCUUUGAGUUUCUUGAACGCAGAUGAGACGAAGCCUAAAGCCUUGUGUUCUCCCUUUGUUGUUGUCCUGUCAACAUUUCGAUCCGCAGACCUGUAGUUCCUUUUUGCAAACAGUGCAGUUAGAUUGCGUAUAUUUUCUGAUGAACUGCCACGACGAGGAUGGUUUCGGUAUGUGUCGUUUGAGCAUAACGUUCCAUUUGUUACAAAGCAAAGCCAAUGUACAGACAAUAAGCUGUUCUCUCUUUCCCUCUCUCUUUUUUUUUUUUGCAGUUGUAUUUUCUAUUGUCCAUAAUAAAUUAAGAUUAAAGUAAUUUUUCUACUAAA